CCUCAGUCUAGCCUGGGCUCUCAGCGGAAACGAAGUCAUCAGAAGUGUGAGUGGAAAGGUGUGAGGAAGCUGUUCUAUAAGGAUCGUAAAAAUAGGCCUCCAGAAUGUGGGCGGCCAAAUAUGUUUUAUGCGCCCUAACAUGCGUUGCAUUUGCCUCAGCUUCGCCGAACUCUGAGCGGAGAAAGAAAAAUAUUAUGGAUAUUCCUGAGGAGCCCAAAGUACCUGUGUACUUGGCGCCUACUUUGGACAUGAGUUGUUCGGUUGCAAAGAUCACUCCACCGGAGAUUAAUCAUGGCAAGGUAGAACGCUACGAACGUCGCCGAAGAGGCAAAAAGGUUUUCCUUGUGGCCUUCUUCAAUUGCGAUUUGGACUACGAGUUCGAAAGCGAAAACGCCGAAAUGUUUUGCUCGAAUAAUAAGUGGGUGGGUGAAAUACCAACCUGUAUUCCUAAGUCGGAUUAUUUGGAACCCGAACCUACUGAUGAGACCAAUUAUGAUGAAGAUGAUUUCGAAGAGUACGAGACGGUAGCCACUGAUGAUGCUGAGAAUGACGAGAAUGAUGACGAGGAGAAUGUUGAGAACCUUGACAGGGAACCCCCACCGCCACCACCGCCACCGGUAAAGGAGGAGGUCGCACCCAAAUUGGAACCAGAAAUCGUUAUUCAUAUUAAUGAGGAUGAAGCGAGUCAAGUGGCUCAAGCAGAACUUCCUAAGGAAUCGAGUGGACAAACUUUCCAGGAGGAAACUGCUCCCAAAUCUGAUGUCGAAACUGUCGAAAAAAGUGGAAUUGAAAGUGAUAAGGAGAUAAUCGAAAACGAAAUUCCUCUGGAACCAGAAGUUGAAAUUGAAGUAUCAAACUCCAAAAAUACAUCUGUGAAGUCCGCAAAAGAUCCCUAUGAGCCAACCUUAUUGGACAACGAUUGUGGUGAGGAUAAUGGCGGCUGUGAGCAGAUAUGCAAGCGAUUGCUGUAUCCGGAUGAGAACCAACCUUUAAAGAAAUGCGACUGUCGACAGGGUUACACCCUAAAUCUCAACGAUUAUGCCAGCUGUCUUGAUAUCGACGAGUGCCAGGAGUCAAAUGGCGGUUGCCAGGAAAUUUGCGAAAAUCUACCUGGUAAAUAUAAAUGCAGCUGUCAAGCUGGCUAUUACGUGGAUGCUUCUGGUAAAACUUGUGUGGACAUUAAUGAAUGUGCCAAUCCUGAACUUUCGUCGGAUUGCGAAAAUGGUUGCGAGAAUCUGCCUGGUUCCUAUCGCUGUGUGGUUCCAUUGGUGGAAAAAUCCGAUUCCACUGAAGUGGUAGAGAGUUCCAUCGAUGAGAGACCUCCACCAAAAAUAACAUGCAAUCCUGGUUUUGAACUUUCUGCCAAUGGUACUGAAUGUCUGGACAUUAAUGAGUGUGAGGUAAAGGGUCCCGAAGACCUGAAAUCUAAUGGAAUAUGUCAGCAAAAGUGCGAGAAUACCAUUGGAUCCUUCCGUUGUUACUGCCUUGAAGGAUAUCAUCUUCUGGAGGAUCAAAAAAGCUGUGCCUUGGAUAAGUGUCUAGAUCUGGAGAAUCCACAGUUGAAUCGCACUCGAUGUGCCCACCAGUGUGAGGAUCUGCCAGAAGGAAGUUACCAAUGCAAGUGUCCCAAAGGUUACGAACUUGCCGAAGAUCGGCAUUCCUGUUUAGUUCAAGAAUCGCCUUGCUCCAAGGACAAGGGAAUUGAGAAGUGCUCGCCGGGAACCUGUUUGGUGAGUGAGGACAACACUAGCUUCAGUUGCGUUUGUCCAGAUGGAUACCGGAGUGAGGGCUUCAGUUGCCAGGACAUUGACGAGUGUAAGGAGGAUAUGCACUUGUGUAGUCACACCUGCCAGAAUACGCCGGGUGGCUAUCAAUGCCUGUGUCCCAUAGGACUCAGGUUGGUUGAGGACUACACGUGUUUGGCAGAGAAUCUCUGCGAGGUGAAUAACAAUGGGUGCGAACAGAUCUGCCUGACUGCCAGAGGAGGUGCUUGCUCCUGUCGCGACGGAUACCGCCUAAGUGCCGAUGGCAAGAGCUGCGAAGAUGUGGACGAGUGUCUGGUGAAGAACGGGGGCUGCCAGCAGGUGUGCCGAAAUCUUCCAGGUUCGUAUGGUUGUAUUUGUGCUGCGGGCUACGAGCUUCUCAAACUGGAUGGCAUACGUGGCUAUUGCUUCGACAUCAACGAGUGCUCGCGGGGAACUCAUGGGUGCACUGAUCAAACGCUUUGCGAGAACCUCAGUGGUUCAUACACCUGCCUCUGUCCACCUGGCUAUGCUCUGGGUUUGGAUAACCACAUCGCCCCAUUAUUAAACAUCUCAUUAUCCCAUGAUACAAAUUCAUUUGAACCUCCAUCUUCACCUUCAUGCUUGGACAUCGAUGAGUGCUCUUUGGCCAAUGGGAACUGCUCCCAUUUUUGCCAAAACGAGCCAGGUGGCUUUCAGUGCUCCUGUCCUAUGGGUUAUGCUUUAGCAGAGGAUUUGCGCACCUGCCAGGACAUUGAUGAGUGCCUCGAUAAUAAUGGCCAAUGCUCACAGCUCUGCUUAAAUCAACCUGGGGGAUUUGCCUGCGCUUGCGAAACGGGCUAUGAGCUAUCCACUGAUGGGUUCGGCUGCUCCGACAUCGAUGAGUGCUCACAGGACUAUGGAAACUGUAGCGACAUCUGCAUCAAUCUUCUAGGUACACAUGCCUGUGCCUGCGAAAGGGGUUACGAACUGGGCGAGGACAAGAAGACCUGCCAGGAUGUGGAUGAGUGUGCGGGCCUUCUUUCCGGUGGAUGCACCCACGAGUGCAUUAAUAAGGCAGGAACCUUUGAAUGCGGCUGCCCCUUGGGUUAUAUCCUCAAUGAAGACGAACGCAGCUGUCGUCCCGCUAUCGUUGGUUGCCCACCGGGAACCCAGCGAUCUGCCGAGGGCUGUUCUCCCAUUGAAUGUUCACCAGGUUUCAUUCUGGGGUCGGACGACAAAUGUGUGGACAUCGACGAGUGCCUUAAGAACAACGGAGGAUGUUCGAAUCGCUGUUUGAAUACUGAAGGUUCCUACGAAUGCAGUUGUCCACCGGGCUAUAAGCUGGAGAGUGAUCAAAAGACUUGCCAGGAUAUCGACGAGUGCGCUCAGAACAAGACAAGUUGCGCCACUGGAAAAUGUAUCAAUGAGCUGGGAGGUUUCCGUUGCGAGUUUCCUAAGUUCCCCACUUAUCCAGAGAUACCAUCAAUUUCUUCACUGCCUGCUCCUCCUAAAAAACCCACGUAUCCUGACUUUAACGAGCUCUCUAAGAAUAUACCCAAAAAGCCAGAGUAUCCUAUUAAGACCGAUUUUUCAACGACGAAAUUCCCAUCCCUACCUGAGUGGCCAAAGCCAGAGCUUCCAAAGCUUCCCUCCUUCGAUGAUUUACCUACAACAACAGCUAGAUCGCCUGUUAAGCCAGAUUUUUCAGUGUCGAAAUUCCCAUCCCUGCCUGAAUGGCCAAGGCCAGAGAUCUCAAAGCUUCCCUCCUUUGAUGAUUUCCCUACAACGACAACAACUGUUACGCCCAAGAGCCCUAGGGUCAAUCCGUUCCGGCCCAGGGAUCUUUGCCCUCGAUUCCAGCCACCAAGCAAUGGCCGGGCCAGUUGUGGAAAAUAUCGUCAUGUGCAAAAGCAGUUCUACAACAUUCGCUGCCGGAUAACCUGCAACCACGGAUAUGUCCUACAGGGUCCGGAUACCAAGAUCUGUGGAGCUAGUGGAAUUUGGGAGGGUCCUGAGACCAAGUGCGUGGCUUUCAGUCAGCCUCGAGUACAAAGUGGUGGACUCUGUUCAGCUCUGAAACCUGUUGCUAAUGGAGUUUUAUAUCCACCUAGCUGUACUAAGGGACCAUCCGGAUUCGGCGACAUUUGCCACAUUCAGUGCAAUCCUGGGUUCGUGUCUAGUGGAUCCCUUUUUACCACCUGUACGGUAUUUAACAGCUGGUCCUUUGGCCCUGAUUUCAAAUGCAAGCCAUUUAAUAAUGGCAUCUUUGGAAACCCGUUAUUCCCGACACAGUGGAAAUCUCCGCAAAGGGAGACAACCCUUCAAACGCAGCAAGUUCAGGAGGUCAAGCCCUACAUCAAAUGUCCGGAGAAUGUGGUUAUUUUCCUGCAUCGUGGUGAAGAGAAGGCUCAUGUAACUCUGCAGAGACCACAAAGUAAUGUUAAAGGUCGCCUGCUAGUUCAUCCAACUUGGGCGAAUCAGCUUCAAGGUCAUUUGCCAGCUGGAGCUCAUCAAGUCAGCUUCAGAAUCAGUGACCCAGAGACCAAAGUCACUAUUGGAUGCCAUACCUUGAUCACGAUUAAGCCAGCACCUGCUGCGGAAACUAAUUUCCUCGAUGUCUCCUCGUCGCCAAGAUCAUCCCUUCCAAGACCAGCUCCAUUUGCCAGCCUAUACAUUAGUAGCCCAUCUUCAUACCCCUCAUUUUCUUCCCUAGAUUCAGUUCCUAAACCAAAUUCUUUUACCAAAUUUUCAACAAAAAUUUCCCAGUCAGAGUUUCCUAGAUCUAGAUUCGCAGAUACUGAGUCAAAUCCCUUCUCCAAACUAGAGUCCUUCUCUCAGGAGUCGGCUCCCUUUCCCACAUUUUCUACUCACAGUUCAUUGAGGCAGUCGGAAGUCCCUAGUCCCAGUUCCUUUGAUUCUGAGCCCUCUUCGUUUUCUAGUUUUGAGCCCCUUUCCCAAAAAUCAUCCAAGAUCAUUGAUCCCGUUCCUGCUCCUGCUCCUGCCCCUGUUCGUCAAGAAAGCACUCGAGUGAAAUUGGGAUCGGAUUCCUCAAACUAUUGUCCACCUUCGAUUGAAGUUUAUCUGAAGGAGAAUCAGCAUCUGCGAUCGGUGGUCUGGGAAGAACCACGGUUCCAGGGAAAACUGCUCAGAAUAUACAACUCUCAUUUUCCUGGUUCAUUGUUUAAAGAGGGAGAUCACACAGUUAAAUACGAGGCCACUACUACCGAUGGCAGAACUCUAAGCUGCACUUUUAUUAUUUAUGUGAAACCUCCCAAGUUCGUUCCUCCAAUUAUCCAGCCGGAGAUCGACUUUGAUGCCGAUAUUAACUUUGAUGGUCCUGGCACUUAUGUCGUCUGUCCAAAUUCAGAGCCCGUUCUGGUAACAGCCGAAAAAUCAGUCAAUCUGCCUGUGGGCUGCACUGUGAAAAAAAUCCACCCGAAAUCGAGUCCCCCGAAACCAGUUAAACGUGGAACACUCACCUCGCUGUGGCACGGUUAUCAUAAUUUCUAAUGGUGCCAUUAGGUAAACAUUGCGUAAAAUAUUUAUUCGAUGCGCAAUUUAUAAAAAACACUAUUUUUGUACGACUUUUGUAUGCCUAAUUAAAAUAAA